GCGGCUCUCUAAGUACGGAACACCUUCAGAUACUUAGGAAUUGGCUCAUAAACUUUCCAGAAGCUUCGACAUGAAAGAUGAGCAGAAUCUAUUAGAAACCGAAGGCGGCAUGAGACGACACCAGUCGAUGCAGAGGCUAACACGAGACGGUAUUCCACCAGAACAUAGAGAUCCUGCCAAGGUGGUACAAGACGAGGAAGGUAAUCUGAGGAUAACUGUAAAAAAAACAAAACCUAUCCUCGGAAUAGCGAUAGAAGGUGGAGCAAACACGAAGCAUCCUUUACCGAGGAUCAUAAAUAUAAAUGAAAGUGGGGCUGCUUUUUACGCUGGAGGUCUAGAAGUUGGCCAACUCAUUUUACAAGUCGACGGAACCCGCGUCGACGGUCUUCAGCACCAAGACGUAGCACGUCUCAUAGCCGAAUGUUACGUUCGAAGAGAUAGAGAAGAAAUAGAAUUUCUAGUCGUGGAGGCAAAAAAGAGCAACACGGAGCCGAAACCAACGGCAUUAAUCUUCUUAGAAGCUUAA